CACGUCCACCGCCACUCCCCUGGCGCCGGCCCCGAAUUGGUAUAAAAGCAGGAGGUUUAAUUUAACGUAUGAGCUGAGACGAAGGAGCCGACCUGGAGAGUCUGUCAUAAAGGAAGCGAUCAAGACUGUGAAAUCUGCACCUCCUAGCUGAAAGAAAAUUAGCAAUUUAAAGGAAACCUGACCUACCUCUCCAGGGCUCCACACAAAAGAGAGAAAUGGGUCAGAGUGUAUCAAGCGAACAAGAAAAGGCCAGUUGUAAUGGAAGCAAAGUGAGAAUGAUCAGCUGCAUCAAAGAUGAUAAUGGGAAGAUAGUAGACAUGAAGUCCGAACACCCCGCCCGUGACAGACAGGAUGUGGAAGUGCUGAUUCUCAAUCAUUUUUAUAAAGCUUUUGUUGACGUUAACUCUCUGAUGCUGCAGGUGGCCCAGGAGAUUGUAGAGCCAAUCGUUAGCGAGUUUUACAAAUUUAUGAAAGACAAUGAAGAACCUAACCAACCAAGGAUCAUUGGAGAUGCCCCUCUAAAAAGUGGCAGCGUAGAAGAACAGCUGAAGGUUCUCCAUCCCGAUGAGUUUGAUUUUAUGUUUCCGAUUGCACUGCCUAGUGGGAUGGCCAAGAGUUUUAAGUUUUGUCAUUCUGAGUCGGAUUUACCCCAAACGUCUUUUGGUUUUGGGAUGAUACAAAUCCAAGAUCAAGGGAAUGAGCGGUUUGUGAGUAAGUUUGUGGAAAAUCAGUACCUUUUGCCUGACAAAAUCAAAGACUGGUUCAAAAGUAAAACUCAGAAAGCCAUGGAGUUUGUGGAGAAAAACAAAAAGGAUAUAUUUAGAAGCAUAAAUGUGAAAAAUACAUUUCAAAUCAACCCAGGAGACAUCAUUAUUAAAAUGGCCGAGAUUGGAGCUGGGGUAUGUCUGACAAUCAAAUAUGAUAUCGGGAUUAAUACAGUGCACCAUAUACCAAGAAAAGAAAAAAAUAUUUUCUCCUAUAGUGUGGACCUCAUUCCCGCUAUUCAGGUGGAAGCCAGUGAUAUAUAUCUCAUACCAAAAAGUUUCAAGUCUGAGCUCCCCCUUAACUCCAAAGUCAGAAAAACGUACCUUUGGCGUCUAUCAUUUUCUCUGUAUGAGAUGAGCCUUAUUAGAUUCUUGGGACAGAGAAUGCAGUUGUCCUGUCACACAAAGUGCUUGAAGAUCCUUAAAGCUUUGAGAGAUCUUGAUACAAAGAACAAUCCAUCAUCCCAGCUCUCCUCGGUGCUGACUUCAUACCAUCUGAAAACCAUGCUGCUGCAUAUAAUGGUGAAAGACAAAUUCUCCAUGGAGAAGUGGAAGGGCAGCCUGCUUGUGGACAGGAUUAAGGAACUGCUAGAAUUCAUGCAGAAAGCCACAAAGGAGAGAAGACUUGAAAAUGUCUUGUUUAGCUAUGAGCUGAACAGCAUUCCUUUUGAUGGCAAGCCGCUGCAGAAGCAUCUAAAACUCCCAGACUGGGCCAUCGCUAAAAAACAACCACAAACCAUCAACCUCUUCUCUGAGAAUUUUAUUGAUCACAACUCACUUGAUCAGGUGCGUGCCAGGGUCAAGGAAAUCCAGGAGCAGUGGCUGAAUGUGAUUCACAAGCACGUUGCUCCUUUGUACCUGGAAAUUAUUUCUUAAAAACUGCAUGUUGGAAGGUGAAGGGAGUAAAACCCAAGCCCACAUUAGUAUGACUUUAUUAGCCUAUUAUGAAAAAAACAAUGGCCGAGUCCUUAUUUCGGAACCCUUUGUAAUCAUAUGAAAACAAUAUGAAUGGUAAUAUAGAUCAGCUGUGGAAAAUCUGUAUGAAAAUAUGCAUGCUAUACAGAAAAAGAUGUUAAAACACAAUUUUGUCUUCUUUUAAUAUAAAAUAAUUAGGUUAACCUCAUUCCUAUAUCCUCAGGCUACAUGCACACUACAAUAAAUGUUGUAUCUGAUACAUAUCAAUAAAUGAACCUUCUUCAAUUAA